CAUAUAAAGAUCCACUUAUAUUUGAAAAACAUUUAAAUUUUUUUGACAUAUAAAUGUUCCCAAGCGUUGAUGCAUCUACCUGUAUUCUUCUGCCAUGGGCACUGGAGAGUUUAUUUUGGUUUUUGGCGAAAACAGUGGAUAUAUUUAAGAUAACAUAUUCAUGCAGAAGUUGGUAACGAUGGUUGAGAGAGCUCUAUUGCUAUUGUCUUCAUCCCGUGUACAUGGCUAUGGCUUCUUGGAGCAUGCCAAGCCGGAGAUAACAAACUUUUUCAACAAGAGAAAUGUCCAGACAAUACUCUUUGUUCCCUAUGCCUUGAAAGAUUAUGACAAAUAUACCGCUGUAGUUAGUGAAGCGUUAACACCCAUGGGUUAUAAGGUUGAGGGUAUACAUACCAAAGGAGAUCCUAUCAAGGCCAUUGACUCUGCCCAGGCGAUAUUUGUAGGCGGAGGCAACACAUUUGUUCUUCUCAAGACAUUGUAUGAAAAGAAUCUGGUCGAAGUGAUACGGAAUCGUGUCCUAAAUCAGGGUGUGCCCUAUAUGGGUAGCAGUGCUGGUACAAAUGUGGCAACAGCAUCCAUAAAUACCACCAAUGAUAUGCCGGUGGCAUAUCCACCAUCAUUUGUUGCCCUAAAUUUGGUACCAUUCAAUAUCAAUCCCCAUUAUCUGGAAACCGAUCCGAAUACAAAACACAAAGGCGAGACAAGAGAUCAACGUAUUAAUGAGUACUUGGAAUAUGAGCAGCAAUCACGUGGUGUCUUGGGUUUACGUGAGGGUACAGCUCUAUUGGUUGAGGGUCAGAAGGCGACACUGUUGGGCGAUAGAAAUGCAAAAUUGUUCCGACCCAACCAAGAGCCGGUGGAAUAUAAACCAAAUGCCGAUUUGAGCUUUUUAUUGCAAUAGUGCCUUGUAAAUUAUAAAUCAUUAUCUGAGACAACAUUGGCGAUAAUGUGUAUGUUAUAAUAAGAACAUGCAACAACAAUGCUUCGCUGACGUAAAUUCCUUUGGAACUUCCAAAAGUGUGAGCACUUAUCCCAGCACUCUUGGUAUAUAUAUAGAUUUGUGGUAUCUUAGCCGUAAUUGUAAAUCAAAGACACCACACAACCUUUUCGAUUUGGGAGAUUCCCAUUUCAUGGAAUUAAAAAUGAGUAAAAUGGAUCGACUGCUUACAUAUCUGCAUGUAUAUUGGGAAAAUGUUUUGUACCUAUCAAAUAAUCUGUUAUUGUAUGCUUAAUAAAUUUUGUUAUAUUUUUAUUUAAAAAUUAAA